UCAGUUCUUGCAGCGCCGCUUGAAGUCGAGCACACCUUGUAAACUAGCGGUUCACUUAUAUCACGUGACGUGCUUGUUGCGUUAACUUUAUUAUACGUGCAUACGCAACACGUGCUGACGGUGUCUCAAUUUUGAGACGGACGCUUAAAUCAUCAUUAUGGUGAGUGUCGUGCAAUGCUUCAUGUCCAAACUGCUUUCGCCCCUGUGGCGUCGAGCGCAGGAGAAUGAAGAUGUGCACAAAGACGACGGGCUUUACUUUGCGGGUGCGGAGGAGAUCCGGCAGGUGCACACUGGUGUCGUGACACAGCUGUGUGUGGAUUAUGGUCUAAUAGAUCAUUCUGUGUAUUUCACAUCAGGAGUUGUGUUAGGAGGAGUUGUGUUGUGUGUGGGAGACACAGUUCAAGCUAUUGCUGUUCGAGAAGGAGCUCAUGGAGGAUGGAGAGCAUUGAGGGUCGAGCGACUGAAGAAUGUUUGGGAGAAUGGUAACUCAGAGUUUCUCGGAGGAGAGGCCGGUAAACUCAAACCUCUGAUUGGAACAGUGACCUCAUGUGAUCAAGAUGGAGGCAUUAUAAACCAGACAACAUCUUUCCCACGAUCAGCUCUUUGUGAAGGUUUUGUGCCAAUGAAGGGAGACUGGGUGUUGGCACAAUAUUUCGUCAGCCCUAAAGAAUGGAGCAGUCAGGCACAGACAGUUUCUCCACUGCGAUAUCGUCGCAUGGACGGGGUUUGUGUGACCUGCACAUUUGGCAAGAGUGGUGUUGUGGAAGACAGUGUGUUUUUCAGCCUGGAGUCUCUGAUCGUGCCGUCUGGCUUCACACCUGCUCGGGGAGACAUAGUGAAUGUUGUGGUGCUGGAAAGCAGUCAGUCGCUGUACUGCUGGAGAGCUCUUUGCAUGACCCCCGUUCAGCACAGAAGUGCACAUGAAGGGAACAAAACGAACACCUCAGUGCUGAAAAUGCUUGACUCUGAGAUUCACAGCCUGCUGGAGAAUAAAGGUGGACUCGAGGUCAGUCACGAUACCCAGUUCGGCUCUCUCCUGCUAGGAAACACCAAGGAGCUGCUGAUCUGGAUUCAAAAUACUGGCUCAGAGUGCCACAGGCUGAAGCGCUGCGAGUUUGCAGGAUGGGACUCGGAGCAGCAGUUUUCUCUCAGAAAACCUCAACACAUCCAAGCUGCUGCUGGCCCAGCGCAGGGCAGUAGAGAUGGGGAGGUAGAGGAUGGGGAAGAUGUGCAGACUGUACGAGUGAUGGAGAGAAACCUGGAGAUUGUACCUGGAGGGAAGCUGUGUGUGACUGUCAGAUGCCAGGCCAGGACUCUGGGUCGCUCUGAUGAACUCUUGCUGCUUCACUUCAUGUCUUUCACUAUCGGGAGGCGCCUGGUGGUGUUGGUGAACAGCGCUGAGGAGAGUUUACUCAAACCCAGCGCUCCCUACUGUCCUGUAACAACACAACAACGACAGGAGCCUUCCCAGGUGCUCACGGUCUCUGCUCCCCCUGCUCCUCUCAGGCUUGCGAAGAGACAUCUGCCAAACUUUUUGGGAAACUAUGCAGUACCACAGGCUCUCCGGGAUUGUGUUGAAGCCCAGAGAGAUGUGCUGAUAGUCCAGCCUGCACUGGCCGAGCCGCUGAGUUUGUUGACGAGAUCGCGCUUCUCUGCUCUUUUGUGGUUGGAGGAGCUGCAGGCUGAGAAAGAGCUCAGAGAGUUGAGCAUCACUGGCGCCAUCCUCAGAAAGGGAGCUGUGUACUUGCACCUGGAGGUGCCAGGACUUACAGAGGGUCGCCCAAGCCUCUUUAUUGGUGAUAAAGUUCUUCUGAAGAAACCUUGUAGUGGAGGAAUUAUUGUUGAGUACAUAUCUUACGUCACAGAGAUCACUGAUGAGGAUGCGAGCUUGCGCGUAAAUGCAGACUUUCACAAGAGCUAUCUAGGAGAACCUCUGGAUGUCGAGUUCACAUACAACAGGUUAACCAUGAGAAGGUGCCACUGUGCUUUGGAGCAAACUAAACAUUUUGGAGACAACAUUUUGUUUCCCAGCGUGCUGACACUGCAGCCUCCUCAGUGGAGUGGAGAGUGGGGUGUACAGGACAAGGGUGCAGAUCUCCCACAGGAGGUGAAAGACCCAAGCAGUGAAGAGGUGGAAGGGUCAUGUUCUUUGACUACAGAUAUGGUGUCCGUGUCCACACAAACUAAAACAGAUUUAACAAUGACUGCAAAACACAUCCCAAAUCCCGGCGAGUUCUUCAACCCUCAGCUAAAUUCUGCCCAGCAGGAAGCAGUCAAACAGAUUCUGAGAGGAGACUGUCGUCCCAUACCAUACAUUCUGUUUGGUCCUCCCGGCACGGGCAAAACCAUUACUCUAAUAGAAACUAUACUGCAGGUGAAUCAUCGCAUCCCUUGUAGCCGUGUGCUCGUCUGCACGCCCUCAAACAGUGCCGCUGACCUUAUCUGCCUGCGCUUACAUCAGAGUGGAUACCUGCAUGCUGCCAGCCUGGCUCGAGUCAAUGCCACCUGCCGACCAGAAGAGUCUAUGCCAGAGGAGUUGCGUCAGUAUGCGAGAGCUGGAGAGGAUAUUCGGCAUGCCAGUUUUCAUCGAAUUGUUGUCAGCACGUGUUCGAGUGCUGGAAUGAUGUACCAGAUCGGCCUGCGUGUUUGUCAUUACACCCAUGUGUUUCUCGAUGAGGCUGGUCAGGCCACUGAACCUGAAACUCUGAUUCCUCUUGGUUUACUUUCUGAGGAAAGUGGACAGAUCGUGCUGGCUGGUGAUCCAAAGCAGCUUGGACCAGUUAUAAAGUCGAAAGUUGCUUCCGCUUUUGGACUGGGAGUUUCUUUCCUUGAGAGACUGAUGGGAUUGCCACUUUACAGCUGCGGUGAGAGAGGCUACAAUCCCAAAUUGGUGACAAAGCUGGUGUAUAACUACCGAUCCCAUGAGGCUUUGCUGGAGUUGCCAUCGCGGCUGUUUUAUGCCGGUGAGCUGUGUGUGCGUGCCCCAAGAUCAGUGGUGGAUUCCCUUUGCCACUGGAACGGACUCCCCACUAGGGGGUUUCCUCUUACUUUUCAUGGAGUCAGGGGAACUGAGAUGCGAGAGGGAAGCAAUCCAUCCUGGUUCAAUCCUGCUGAGGCGGUACAAGUAAUGAUGUACUGUUGCCAGCUAGCAAAGAGACUGUACAACCCCAUACCAGCCACAGACAUAGGCAUCAUUACUCCCUAUAAAAAACAGGUGGAGAAGGUUCGUGUGCUUCUCCACAGGGUGGGCCUGUCGGAAGUGAAGGUGGGCUCAGUGGAAGAGUUCCAGGGUCAGGAAUUCCUGGUGAUCAUCCUAUCAACAGUUCGCUCGAAUGAGGCACUGAUGAAUGAAGAAUUGCAUAGCACACUGGGAUUUUUGUCCAAUCCCAAGCGUUUCAAUGUUGCCAUUACACGAGCCAAAGCUCUCCUCAUUGUCAUUGGAAAUCCACACGUUCUUGUCAUGGACCCAUGUUUCAAUGCUUUGCUGCAGUACUCAUAUGAUAACAGAGCAUUCCAAGGAUGUGACCCACCAGCAAGUCUACGUGACUCUUAAAGGAUUUGUCCGUAUGGCAUAGUGUUGCGAUACAAGUACUUGAUAUAUGUGUUAUGUAAUAAAUAAAAACCCUAGUUUUGGUUAUCAACAUCCAUUUUGUUUGAGGGACAUUGAUGUCAGAGGUAAGGGCUGCAGUGUACCAUAUGCAAAUUAAAAGUACAGUAUCCCUUCAUAGUUUCCAGCAGAAUUGGUUUUGUCUUAAUCUUUUCAAUGUUCUUUACUUUUUGUCAUUUAUUUCUGCAUCUGAGCUUGCUGGAGCACUUUAGAGAUUAUGUUGGCACAAAGAAGUUAUUAUAUCUGUUCAAAAGUGUUACUAAAAUGUUUGUUUUCAUAUAAAAUUUGUGAAAUCAUA